UAUAAGGAAGCCUUUGAUUCAUUGAGUAGAUCAUCAAAUGUGUCACUGGAACAUGGCAUAGUUCGUGACCUCUACAAAUGCAUUGUGAAUGAAGGUGAUUUUGAGAAAUGUGAAAAAGUUGUUGAGCAGUAUGUUGAAGAAGAAUUGAUGAAUGGUUUUGAAAUAAUUGAUGAUGAAUCAAUGGACAGAUGGAUGGCAAUAAUAAUCGCAACUAUAAAACAAACUACCCCUAAGUGCUGGCCCAAGAACCGAGGUGGACAUCAGAUCUGCGUGAACAGUGUGGAUGGUGCCUUGUACAUGUUCGGUGGCUGGGAUGGUCACAAAGAUCUCGCUGAUUUCUGGAUGUUCGACAUCAAGUGCCAGUCUUGGAAGUGUCUUUCCCAAAAUGUUACAAAUGAGGGUGGUCCAACAGCGAGGUCCUGCCACAAAAUGUGCAUUGAUGUGCAAACAAAGAAGAUUUACAUGAUAGGAAAGUAUCUGGAAAAUGACAAGAGGGCAUCUGAAAAUCUUCUUAGUGAUUUCUACUGCUACGACAUAACAUGCAACACGUGGGAACUUUUAUCUUCGGACACCAGCAGUCAGGGAGGACCAUCACUUGUCUUUGAUCACCAGAUGGCCAUCGAUGAUGAGAAGAAGUUCAUUUACAUCUUUGGUGGAAACAAUUUCAUCAGUUUGAGUGCUUGUGAAGACAGAUCGGUCCAUCCUAUCUUCAUGUCCAUUUUUGUCUACAACAUAUCAAAAAGGCAGUGGCGACAGAUCGAGAAGUUCAACAACGUACCUCUGCUUAGGACAGGUCACUCCUUGCUUUUUAGUUCUAAACUAAAAUGUUUGUUCCUCUUUGGAGGCCACCAUCAGCGCUACCCCACUAACGACUUCCACGUUUUCAAGACAACCGAGGAUGGGGACCUCGAGUACUUGCACCACUUGACCACCAAAAACUUUUUACCUGAAUCGCUCUGUGGAUUCACCCAUCGCUCAACCAUUGAUUCCGAUCGUGAUGAAAUUUACAUAAUUUCUGGCGUGAACAAGGAUGCAACGCACCAGGAGAGGUCCAGGGAGUUCAAACAGAACUCCUUGUGGCUCUACAACAUUAAGAAUGGACUGUGGUACGUUAUUGUUAAAGAGAUGCAACAACAACAACAUAAUUCAUCAUCGUCAUUAUCAUAUUUGUCGUCUUGUUUUCCAGUGCCUAGAUUUGCUCAUCAAUUUGUUUAUGAUGUCGUACAGAAAGUGCACUACUUGUUUGGUGGCAACCCUAAUCAAGACAUCAUUAAUGACGUUCGACUGAAUGAUCUCUGGAUGAUGAGGUUGACGCACGUGGAUAGAGUGAAAGUGAAAAAGGAACUGCAGUUGCUCGUUCGGGAGCACAGGUACAUCGAAAUGACCUACCAUGACAAGACGUCUGCCCUCAACUACCUGCAGAAUGAACUUCGUCAACUGGUUGACUUAACCGACAGGGAACAAUUAGAAAAGGUUUCAAACAUUUUUUUGUAA